AGGCGCGGUGCGGAGGUUCAGUUAGUCAGUUUUCAAGUUCGAUGCAGGAAACAAGCGCGUUCGUUUUUCACGUCGGUUUGCGUAUGAUUUUGAUUUCGAUUCGCUUUUUUUUUCUCGUUUCUCGAUACUUUUCCUAGGCUUUUUUCUUCUUCCUCUCUGCCUCCUGCUCACCCUUCGUACCCCUCCUACCUCCUGCAUUGAUCAUCGUGUACCUAAUCAUAAAAAAUACAAACCUAUACGAAUGCCUAUACGAAUAUGGAAAUAUUCCUCGAAAAUAUGUGAUGCUUUCGAUUAACGUUAAUUUUUUUUUAAUAUUAUAAUUUAUCGACAUCGUUGUUGUUGUUAUUGUGGUGGUUGUUUUAUUGUUUUUUUGUUCACUCAUUUUUUUAAAAUUAUUCAAUUUCAAUCGAUCGAUUACUUACACAUAAUUUAUAUAAGGUGCCUAUUUUAGAAUUUUAUUCGUUCGUUCGUGGUUUUUAUUAUUGUUUUUUUACUUCUACUAUAUCUAUGUGUUAUAUGUGAAUCUGAAAAGUGAUCGCGCUAUUUUUCGCGUUGGUUGGUGCUGCUGUUCGAUAAAUAGGUUGUUUGCAACCUAUCCGAGUAUUGGUGGUUUGUUUUUUAUUCGCUGUAUUACGGUUUAUUGCGACGACGAGUUACAUUGGUUUACGUUUAUGUUCGAGGAACAUCCGUCCGAGAAUUGUUGGAGGGCCUCCAGCGACGUCUGGGCCCCCUCCUGUUGGGCACGUUGCUGUAGUCCCAAACCAGCCAUCACGCUGGCUACCUCGGAGCAUCAUAGGCCUUUUGUGCCAUCGCUCGUUCCCAAUCAUCCUCGUACGCUGAGAAUCUCGCCUAUCAAAGCCGAGCUUCAGGAUAUGUCCGAUCUGCCUCAAAAAAAAAGAAGAAUAAGUUCAUGUUUCGGAUGUGGCUCACAAAUACACGAUCAAUAUAUUUUAAGGGUAGCACCAGACCUUGAGUGGCACGCUGCCUGUUUGAGAUGCGCAGACUGUCAACAAUUUUUAGAUGAAACCUGUACCUGUUUUGUCAGAGAUGGCAAAACGUAUUGCAAAAAAGAUUAUGUUAGAUUAUUUGGUACAAAAUGUGAUAAAUGUAGCUUAAGUUUUAAUAAAACCGACGUUGUGAUGAGGGCGAGAACGAAAAUAUAUCACUUAGAAUGUUUUAAAUGUAACGCUUGCCAAAAACCUUUAAUGCCCGGCGAAGAAUUCGCGCUAAGAGACGACGGAUUAUUUUGUAAGGAAGAUCACGAAGAACUUUCAUCGAAAUCGACGAAUAGUGAAAAUAAUAAUAACAGUAUUACCAAUAAUAAUAAUCAUAGUAGUAACAAUAGCAAUAGUAACAACAACAAUAAUAGUAAUAGCAGCGGCGGCGGCAGCAAUAAUAAUAGUAAUAGUAGUAACAACAAUAGCAGCAGUAACAACAACAGUACCAGUCUUAGUAAUUGUAAUAGCGGCAGUGGCGGCAAUAAUAAUAAUAAUAGUAGUAGCGUUUGCAAUAAUAAUACCACGAAUAGUACCAGUUUACACCACCAUCACCAUCAUCACCAUAAUCACAAUGAAGGCUCAAAUUCAGAUUCUUCAGAGUCCGGUUCAAACAAUAAAUACAGCAAUCGCGACGUUAGUCGGAGCGGUAGCGGUAAAGUGGCCUCCGAUGGAAAACCUACCAGAGUGAGAACCGUGCUAAAUGAAAAACAACUCCAUAUGCUAAGAACUUGCUACGCUGCCAAUCCUAGACCAGAUGCUUUAAUGAAAGAACAGCUCGUUGAACGAACAGCCCUCAGCCCCCGAGUCAUCAGAGUGUGGUUUCAAAAUAAAAGAUGUAAAGAUAAAAAACGAGCUAUUGCCAUGAAACAACAAAUGCAGCACGAAAAGGAAGGACGUAAAAUGGGUUACGGAAGUAUGCAGGGUAUUCCAAUGGUAGCUUCCAGUCCUGUCAGACACGAAAGUCCAAUCGGUAUCAGUCCUAUCGAAGUGCAAUCGUACACAGCUCCUUGGAAAGCUUUAUCAGAUUUCGCCUUGCAUCAAGAUUUAGAUAGAUUAGAUAUGUCAACACCUCAUUUUCAACAGAUAGUAAAUCAAAUGCACGGUUACGAUUUACCAAGACCUUUGGGUAUGGGCCCUCACGAUGUUGUACAUCCCACAGGACCAACUGCGCCAGGAGCUGAUAUGAUACAUCCUGACUCGACAGAUUCACUGGUCACGUAUAUGGAAAGCGAUGAAAGCUUGCAGCAUGAUCCUGGUAGUCCAUAACACUCAGCAUCGAUAUUUUCAUCGACAUCGAUACCGUCCCAGCAUUACGAGUAAUUACAGUAUAUAAAUCUUUACGUGUGUAAUUUGUAUUAAGAUGCUACGCCUGUGUUAUGUGUAUUACGUAAAAACGUGUAGGCCUGAGGGUUAUCUGCAUAUAAUACCGAUGAUAUUUGCGUUAAAACCCCACUUUGCCGAACGAACUGCCUGCCUGCCUACCUACUUAUAAGCUCGUCGUAAUGUAAACAUCGGAGCAUUCAGCGUUGAAAACAGGAAAAAUAGGAGGAAAAGUAAAAAUAAAGAAAGAAAAUUACGUGCUGUAAGUUUCGAGAGAGUUUCUAUAAAAAGUGAAAGAGGCAAGUGGAAAAAUGAAAUACUUAAAUUUUUGCUUAAUUCGUCUGUAUUUGGAGUAUUUGGCUUUUUACACGAGCAGAAUUGUUUGGAGCUUUCGAGGGAAUAGUUUUGGUUCGGUUGACUUUGAACAAAAAUACAGAAAUGUGCCAAUUUUUCAGAGGGGUGUGAAGGGAGUGAAAAUUUGAGGAAAAAAUCAAAACUGAAAUCUAUUGAGGAAAAAAGUCAAAAAUUGCAAAAUUGCAUCAAAUUCAUUCCUACAAAAAGAUAUUUUUUACAACGAAAACGAUCUGAAAAUUUAGUGCCAAGAAAUCGUUUUUUUUUUUCAAGUCGUUCUCCAAUAAAUGAAGAAUUAGAAGACUCGAGCACUAAAAAAUGACAACAGAUUCGGACUCAGCGAUCUCGAAUUAGGCAGAACGUAUUUUUAAAAAUUGAAAAAGUACAAAGGUUCACGCAACAGAACCUGCAAAUCAUCAGCAUACGAGUAUUUUGAUUCGUGUUAAUAAAAUUGCCUAACCGGUUCGCCGUAAAAACGCAGGCAUUUUUUUCGAAAAAACGUAAUUCGUCGCAAAUCGAGUUGAAAUUUCGGUUGGGGGGGGGGGUUGGCAUGGCGAAUCCAUUUCUGAGGACAGAUUUUCUCCUUAGUGAGCCAUUCUCUCAAAAUUUGCCAAUUAUGGCUCAAUUUUUUUUUUCAAAAAAAAGUAUCCUUUGCUGAUUGAGUCUAAAUGUCAGUGGAGGGGGGCUUUGGCACGUAGAAUUCAGUUCUGCAGAUUGAUUUUCACCACAGUGAGCUGUUUUCUCAAAAUUAGCUCGAUUUGGGCUCAAAAUUUAACCAUUAAAAAAAUAAAAGUACAAUUUAUUAGAAAUUGAGUUGAAAUUUUAGUUAGGGGGAAGGGGGAGGGGGUUAGACACGGCAAAUUUAUUCCUGUAAACAAAUUUUUGCCACAGGGAGUAGUUUUCUCAAAAUUGGCUCAAUUUAAGCUCAAAAUUGAGCUAAUUUUUUGUGGCGAAAAUUCGAGGUAAUUUUAUUACGUUUUCUGACUAAUUUUAGGUCGCUAAAUACGAAAAUGGGCUUGAAAAACUCGAAAAGUCUUGAAAUCUUGAGAUUUGAAAAUUCUAAAAUUUUUGAACCAAAAAAUAGAUAAUUUUAAAAUUACAAAAAAUUUUUAAAAAACUUCAAAUCUUGUGGCUAUAAAGAAACUGAAAUAAAAACUUUGAAAUGAAACAUGUUGACCUUUUUACUCGUAGAUGUGAAAAAAAAAAUGUCGAAAAAUCUUGAAAUCUCAAGAUUAAAAUAUUCUAAAAUCUUGAGAAAGAAAAUUUUCAAAAUUUAAAAUUUGAAACAACAAAUCUCAAUAUUUUUUUUCGCAAAUAAACCUUUUGUGUCACUACCAAUUGAAUUUUUUUAAACUUUUGACUCGCGACAGAUUUAUUUAUCUACAAAUAUCGUGAGUCAAAAGUAGGAAAAAAUUCGACAGAAAAAACAAAUAUCAAUAUCUUGAUUUCUUGAGACAAAUAAUUUCAAAGUCAAAAGUUUUUGAAUCUUACGAUAGAAAAAUCUCAAGAUUUCAAGAUCAAAAACACCUCGAAAUUUCAAGACAAACUCACAUAGGUAAUAUUAAAAUCAAAAUAUUUUAAAAUCUGAAAGUAAAAAAAAAAUCUCAAAAUAUUUGAACCAAAAAACCGCGAAAUCUUGAGCUCAAAAAAUUUAAUUCGAAAUAUUUUAAGAUUUGAAAAUAUGAACUUUUUGAUGUAAAAAGAAUAAUUAUUGCAAAAUCUUGAAAUCUUAGGUGAAAAAACUCCUUUGAGUAUAAAUUAUUUAUACUCAAAAGAAAAACUCCAGAAUCUUUAGAGAGGAAAAUCUUGAAAUUUCAAGGUCAAAAUGAUCUCGAUGUCUCAAAAAUACAACCAUCUCAAAAUGAAAACGCAGUUUCAAAAUCCAAACCCAAAAACUCAAUACCAUAAAGUAAAAAAAAAUUCUUGAGAUCGUAAGAUUGAAAAAAUUUUGAAAUUUCAAGACCAAAAAAAAACAUCAGAUUUUCAAAGUAAAAAAAUCUUAAUUUAAAAUCUUAAGAUGCAAAAAAAACUAUAAAAUCUCGAAAUCAGAAAAUGAGAUAUAAAAAUCUUGACGUUUUCAUUAACAAAAAAAAUCAUCGAGUAAGAUUUUGAAAUUUCUGAAUUCUUUGGCUGAAAAAUCCUAACGUUUUAAGGUGAAAAAAACUCAAUAUUUCGAGCUAGACAAAUUUAAAAUGAAAAAUAAUCCUAAUCUUGAGACAAAAAACAUUUUAAAUCUCGAGAUAGCAAAAUCUUGAAAUCUUGAUAUCAAAAAACCUUGAAAUUUCAAGAAAUAAAAACUCAAAAUUUUGAAACAGAAGAAAUCUCAGGAUGAAAAAUCUCGAUAACUUGAGAUACAAAAAUUUUGAAGUCACCAGACCAAAAAUUUCAAAUUCAAAAAAUUUCCAAAUCUUGGAACAAAAAAACUCAAAAUCUCGACAUCAAAAAAAAACUUGAAAUUUGAAGAGGUAAAAUUCAAAAUCUAGAAAGAGAAAAAUCUUAAAAAUCUUAGGAUGAAAAAAAAUCUCGAGAUUUUAUGAUACAAAAAUCCUAAAACCACAAGACUUCAAUCUCAAGUUCAAAAAAUUUUGAAAUUUUGAAACAGAAAGAUCUUGAAAUUUCGAGAAAAAAUAUGGAGAUCUUGAAAUUGAAAUCUCAUCGGAAGAUUUCUUAAAAUACCUAGCUAAAUUUAUUUUCAAAUUUUGAGGAAAAAGAUUGAUUUUUGAGACUAAAAAAAAAUCUCAAAUUUUGGCUUUAAAAAAAAUUGAAACAAAAAAAAAUGAGAAAAAAUUUCCCCACUUUGAGAUGAAAAACAAUCGCAAAAUCUUGAUACCAAUCAAAAAAUGUUGAAUUCUUUAAACAGAAAAAUCUCAAAAUCUCGAGACCAAAACAUUUCUUAAAAUCUUGAGAUAGAAAAAAUACUCGAAUUCUCCGAAUUGAAAAUACGUCGAGAUUUAAAAUAACCACUGAAUUUGAAGACCGAAACAUUUCAAAUUCAAAAGAUCAAAAAAAUCUGAAAAUCGAAAAAAAAAUUAUAUUUUGGGGUUGAAAAAGUAGAAAACAAAACCUUAAAAUCUUUUUAUCUAAAAAAAUUAUGAAAUUUUGAGAUUGAUAGAGUUUUGAUAAAAGAUCUUGAAAUGCUCAUUUUUGACAUUUUUCUAAUGCUUUGGGCACAAUUACUUCCCAAAAUUUCAACUUUUUUUAUAGAAAUUUUUUUUUCAAAAUUUGAAAACGUUAAGAUUUUUUUCAUCUCAAGAGAGUAUUCUAAAAUCAAAUUUUUCUGAUGUCGAGAUUUUAAAGUUUUUUUUUAAUAUUGAGUUUUUUUCGCAAAAUUUGAAAGUUUUUUUAUUCUGUUGUUUUUUUGUAUCUUGAAAUCUCAAGAUUUUUUUUCUUAAUAUUUGAAAAUUUUUUGCUUCUGGUGUUUUUUUUUUGUAUCUUAAGAUCUCAAGAUUUUUUCUCAAUAUUAUUUAGAAAUUUUUUGAUUCUAUUCGAACUCCAAAGCCAUAAAAAAAUAACUUGAAGUUGAUAAACUUUAAUAUUCAAGUUGGAUAAUUUUUAAAUUGAUGAUUUUUUGGAGAAAAUGAAGUAUUUUAGUACGAUGAGAUGAGUUUUAGGUGAGAAAAUGGGACAAAGUUGAGCUUUUGAGUUGAUAAUUUAAAUAAAAAUAAAAAAAUAACGACGAUUCACAAAUACUAAGUAUAGGCAGUUGGCAAGUCGGGCAGUUGUGCAAUUGAGUGUAGGUAAAUGACUCGAGAUUUUCUAUAUCUCUGUACCAAUAAAACAAAUAGGUAACAUACACGUAGGUAAGGGCGAUAUGUAUUGGAAAUUCGAAUAUCGUUAUUUGGGUACGAGUAUAUAGUGAUGUAUGUAUUUUGUGUAUACCUUCGAUAUAUUGACGUAUUACGUACCUAUAUAUGGGCCUAUCGCAUUAAUUAAUGUUAAUUUUGAAAGCGAAUGAUUGAUUUUAGUAAUUUAUAACUUACUGUAGUGUACCGUACAUUUAUGUAAUUUAAGUGGUAGGCCUUUAUAGGUGGGGUAUUACAUAAUACAAUACAUACUAUACCUAUGCAGAUUAUAUGCAUCACACGUACGCAAAUACAAAUACAUACCUCUACCUACAUACAUAAUACGUACAUAUAUACUACUUACUAUCUGCAUAAUAUUAUAGUUAUUUUACUUAAUUAAGUACAUAUUGGUAUACCUACCUGCUGUGUGUAUUUAUUUAUUUAUCUUAUCUAUUUAUUCGCAUUCGUAUGUACGUAUUUAAUGACUAUUUUAUCUUUUUGUUUUUACAUUAUCAUUAUAUUGUUAUUAUCAUUACGGUUAUUAUUAUUAUUGUAUUCUUUACUAUGUAUUACUAUUAUUAUUAUUGCUACAUUUUACUACCUAUCGAUUACUAUUGCGAGUUUUUAUUUUUUUUGUGUUUGUUCGAAGAAGUAAAAAAAAAAAGAAAAAAAUUGUACAGGUAGAUGAACGCGAUAAUGCGUUACACGUUACGUCAAUAACAUGUUACUAAGUACAUACAAUUAUUUGUACGUGAAUUUGUAUUAAAUUAUAAGGAAAAAUGAUGUACCUACGUUGAUUUUUGUUGUAAAAUUAAAUGAAAUGUAAAUACGUAUAAAAA